UGACGCGUUGAUCCAGUCCAGUUCAUGUGUGAGUGACUUCCACUAGUGGGGACUUAGCUAUUUGGACUGGAGUCACUGGACUGGUUAUGACAGUUCCUAGUUGGAGAGAAUGAGGAAAACGAUCUUUCCAGUAGAUGUGUGAGCAGGUCUACUUAUAUGUUGCACGUUCUUCACAUCGCUUUUGAUUUGCUCCACACAGUGUUUACCAACCCACUAAGAGUGACUCAGCAGAUACUGUGACGACUGUGAUUCCCCAAGAUAUCAGCCAGUAACAUGGCAAUGUUCAGCACGGGCAUCCUCGUGCUGACGUCUCCUCUCCAGACCCUCCCCUUGCGCAUCGCUCCAGUGCUCAGCUCAGCUGCUCAGCUCGUAGAGCGCACACUGUACGUCCACCUCCACCCUGGACUGAUCCUGGGAAGUGAGAGCCACCCUCGGCCAGUUUUCAUUCCACCAGUAGUGGACCUGUCUACGCUCAUCAGCCGCCUUUACACCAAUGCAGCUGAUGUAUGCGGGCACCUGGAUAUUCGUGUUUUGCUGACCAAUGUUCGCGCUCAGUCAGCUGCCUGCAGCGGGACCAUGAUCCCAAACGGCCCCUUCCCCACACCACAAUCUCUGACUCACUCCCCGGAGGUGGUGCUUACAGACUUUCCUCUGCAAGACCCGGCUCAGUCCCAUCAGGUUAUGCAGUGUCUGCAGAUGUACACAGGCCACUGCUACGUCUGCAGCCCCAGCCUGCACCCAGUGCUGCUUGACCCACAGCUAAUGAGGCUGCAGGAGAAGGAGGAAGGGCUGAACGAGCCUGAAGGAAAUGCAGAAACCUUGGAGACCUACAGUGACGUGGUGGUAGGGGGGACAUUUGACCGGCUCCAUGGGGCCCACAAGACGCUGCUCAACAUCUCAUGCCUGCUAGCCAAUAGAAGGUUCCUUAUUGGUAUUUGUGACGAAGCAAUGCUGAACAAAAAGGUACUAAAGGAGCUAGUGGAGCCCUACUCUCUGCGCGCCCAGAGACUACAGGAGUUUCUGCAAGACAUCAAACCCUCACUGCAGGUGCAAAUCGUGCCACUUGACGACCCCUAUGGAGUGUCUGUGGUUGACCCCUUGCUGCAGUGCAUUGUGGUUAGCGAGGAGACUAGAAGGGGAGGCGAGGCUGUCAACAGGAAACGCAUCGAGAACGGCCUCCCAGCUCUCAUCCUCCAUGAGAUCCAGUUGCUUAAAGAUGCCCACCACACUGAGACGGAGGAGGAGAAGAUCAGCUCCUCCAGUCUACGCUCUCGUCUGCUGGGCACCCUCCUCACCCCGCUUAAAGACAAAUCCCAUCUCUCUCAACUUCCAUAUGUGAUUGGCCUGACGGGAGGCAGCGGCAGUGGGAAGAGCUCCAUCGCCCGGCAGCUGGAGGCUCUGGGUGCCGUCCGCAUCGACUGUGACAAGCUGGGCCACGAGGUUUACCAGCCCGGCACCGCAGCCUAUCACAGUGUGCUUGAAGAGUUUGGGUCAGAUCUUCUGAGCGUUGAUAAAACCAUCAACAGACGUGCAUUAGGAAGGAAGGUUUUUGGAAACCAGGAGCGGUUAAAAGCCCUAACAGACAUCGUGUGGCCUGAGAUUGCACUUCUGGUGAAGAACAGAAUCAGCCAAGCCAGAGAGGAAGGUAAACAGGUGUGUGUGUUGGAUGCAGCGGUUCUUCUGGAGGCCGGCUGGACAGACAUGACUCACGAGGUCUGGGUCACCGUCAUCCCCGAGGAGGAGGCGGUGUUGAGGAUAACAAAGCGUGACGGUGUGACCACAGAAGAUGCCCUCCGCCGGCUGCAGAGCCAGUGGUCCAACGGCAAGCAAGUAGGGCACGCCAACGUGGUGCUGAGCACACUGUGGGAGCCAGAGGUCACUCAGAAACAGGUACUGAAAGCUUGGAAUCUCCUUCAGAAGAGAAUCCAAGCGAGGCAGGAGGGACAUGCAUCAUCUCAGCUGUGACCCGUGCACACAGAACCAGCAUGCGUCAGGCCCAGGGACGUGUGCACAAAUGACUGAUCCGCAUGAAGAAACGCUGCCUUAGAAAGAAGCGAGAACGGUUACUGUGGCAUCGCAGCAAAACCCAACAAGCUCUCUCACUUCUUUAACCAAGACUAAGUGCCUAAUUGAGUUUCCACAGGGUUUUUUUUAAAACUCUAGUUUUAGUUCAAGAUGCUGAACCGAUGAAGGCAUGAGGAAAAACUUCACAAAUGAUCCCGGACAAAGUUAUUUUGGAAUUUGAAGGCUGGAAUUCAUCUUUGGGAUUAAUUGUUAUGUUGUCCAAAUAGUGUUCUUAUGACAUACCUUUAAAUAGGUACUGUUGUUCAAACGAUAUGCCCAACAUUCAGCAGAUCUCAGAUCAUUUCACGACCAAACCUCAACAAAAUCUAACAUUUCAAGAUAUUUAAAGAUGUACUUUGCCAUCUUAUGAAGUUAUGUUUUUGAAGCACAAUUAAUGAAUGUUGCUUAGACAAGCACUUGGGAAAGGUGAGGUAUAUGAUUGCCAUAUCAUACAAUUAAAUGGUUUGUCUUUGCUGAUUCAGGG